AUGGCGUUGGAGAGGAGGGAAGGAGGGAAGAGUGGCUCUCAACAACGCCUCAACCACCCACUGCAUGGAGAGAUCUGUGCAUUUAAGAUUCAUGGGCAGGAGGCCCCAUUUGAGGCUGAGGUGUUGAACAGGACAUCUGGUGAAGGGGUGCUGAGGGCCCGGGGUCCCAUAGACUGCGAGCAGCAGAAGGAGUACACCUUCAUCAUCCAGGCCUACGACUGUGGAGCCAGCCCAAGUGGAGCCAACUGGAAAAAGAGCCACAAGGCGGUGGUUCAUAUCCAGGUGGAUGAUGUAAAUGAGUUCUCCCCAGUGUUCAGGGAGCCUUUAUACCGUGCCACUGUUACUGAGGGCAAGAUCUAUGACAGCAUUCUGCAAGUUGAGGCCUGGGAUCAGGACUGCUCUCCGCAGUACAGCCAAAUCUGCAACUAUGAGAUCGUUACACAGGAUACACCUUUUGCUAUUGAUCGAAAUGGCAACAUCAGGAACACAGAGCGACUGAGCUAUGACAAACAGCAGCACUACAAAAUCAUGGUGACCGCUUACGAUUGUGGCCAGAAAAGGGCGACAGAAAGUGUCUCGGUUCACAUUGACGUCAAACCAGUGUGCAAGCCUGGCUGGCAAGGUUGGAACAAGCGUGUGGAUUAUGAACCUGGAACAGGCAGCAAGCAGCUAUUUUCCAAGAUGCACCUGGAGACCUGUGAUGGCCCUUUAUCUUCAGUGCGAGCCAUGGUGGAACUACAGACCAGCCAUAUUGGGAAGGGCUGUGACAGAGAGACCUAUUCUGAGAAGUCUCUGCAAAAGCUCUGCGGAGCAGCCUCGGGCAGCACAGACCUUCUCCCGGCGCCUAGCGCUUCCACCAAUUGGACGGCUUCCUUGCUGACAGACAAUGGCCGAGACAGCGACCUCAUCUUCAGAUUUGAUGGACGACAGGCAGCCAAUAUCCCAGAGUGGGUCGUGCCACAGAACCUGACAGAUCAGUUUACCAUAGCAACAUGGAUGAAGCACGGGCCAAGUCCUGGACUGAGAGCCGAGAAGGAGACAUUGCUGUGUAAUUCUGAUAAAACUGAGAUGAACAGGCAUCAUUACUCUUUGUAUGUCCAUAACUGCCGUCUGGUGUUUCUUCUGAGGCGAGACUUUAUUCAGCUGGACUCCUUCAGGCCAGCAGAGUUCCACUGGAGACUGGAACAGAUCUGUGAUAAAGAGUGGCAUUACUACGUCAUCAAUGUGGAGUUUCCUUCAGUGACGCUCUUCGUAGACGGAGUGACAUACGAACCCUACCUUGUGACGGACGACUGGCCUAUCCACCCCUCUGAGAUCGAUGUACAGCUAACCGUAGGUGCCUGCUGGCAAGGAGGAGAGGUGACCACUCCAAGGUUCACACAGUAUUUCCGGGGAAGCCUCUCAGGCUUGACUAUCCGACCUGGGAAGAUCGCCACACAAAAGGUGAUCUCUUGCCUACAGGCUUGCAAGGAAGGCCUGGACAUCAGCUCGCUUGAGAGUCUGGGAAAAGGCAUAGCAAGCCUGCUGGUGGUGAUGACUGUAGUGAGACCAGCUGAAGAGAACAUGAAAGGCCAUGAUGAAAUAAAAUCUGCUGUGUCAGAGAGCCAGCCUCCGCAGUGUUUUGGUGAAGAUACGUGCAUCUCCAUUCCUGACAUCAAAGCGAUGGUGAUGGUGCUGCCGCCCAGUGAACCUCGGAUCACCAUUGCUGGAGUGGAGCGGCUGGUUUGGCCCACGGCUCAGCUCCGAGCCCUUGUCGGGGUGGCCCUGUUCAAGGACAUACACAUCAUUAGUACCGUCACCAAGACUGACGCCACCCUCAGCAUAGUCCGGAGGCCUGGUGUGCUGGAGUUGAUGCAUAACCUGGAUUAUUGUGAUGUGCUGGUGAUCGGAGAGGAGCUGGAACCGGAGCAGGAAAGUCUGGAGAUCCACCACAGCUCUCUCUUGGGCAAACAUCUGGAUGCCACCAACUCUACCUCUGGCAUCUCCAUCUACGGUGUGGACUCCAUGGCGCAUUAUGAACAGGCCAUCAGGCAGGUGAGAUACCGUAACUGGAAGCCUGGCGGUCUGUCUGAGAGAAGGUUCCGGCUCAGUUGCUCUGAACUGAAUGGACGCUACACAAGCAAUGAGUUCAACUUUGAGAUUGGAGUAGUGCGCAGCUCAGAGGCCGUGGAGCAUGUCAAUCACAUGGCUGUCCAAUCCCAGUUCAUGAGACCUGUGCAUCAUCCACUGGUGGUUCAUACUGUCAACUCUGAUCACAUCUCAGGGACCCCUCCUGCUGCGACUGUGGUAAUUGUAAUGUGCAUUGCCACUCUGGUGGUCAUUGUGGUCUUGGGCAUCUACCGCAUCCACACCACCCACCAGGACGGUUCAAAAGAGGACGAAGAGGGAAGAAAAGAUCCAGAGAUGGACUGGGACAACUCCAAUCUUAACAUCACUGUUAAUCCCAUGGAGAGCAUUGAUGGGGCUCAGAUUGCUGAGGAGGUGAGGGAGGAGGAGCCAGAGAAAGAGGAAGAUGAAGACGAAGAGGAGGAUGAACUGGCAGGAGAGCUCUCUAGUGCUGAAUCUGAGGACAGUGAUGAAGAGGAGGAGGCUAGCAUUCAGAAGGGAAGAGUGAAAGGAAAACUGGAGUGGGACCCGUCUACUUUACCCUAUUAAAACACAUACACACAUACAUAUGUGCAUACACCUUCACACAAGCAAGAUUCACAUGCAGACAUAGACUUGUGCACACACACAUACAGACGUACACAUGCAUACAUAAAACACUCGCAUUUAAUGCCCUUUCACACUUACAGAAGCCAGAAUUUUGCCUGAAAAGCUGUCACACAUCAGCCUGAUUUUGACUCUUUCCAACACCCACAUAAAGCAUCCUGUAACGCCAUCUGCUGGUCAAUAUUGGGAACUGCACCCAUCAUCCUGCAAAGCCUGUAUGUACUUCAGUAAUAUAAAGCUGCAGUGUCUCAGUAGAUCCACAAAAAGUAAAGAUAAUUUGACACAAUGCAAUUAAUUGUGAAUCAACACCUCUGGGAUGUUUUUUAUUUACAUAAACUGUUUUUUUUUUUUUGUCUGUCGAUUAAUCAAAUUAUAGUCUAACAUCAUGAUGCUUUCUCCCUUUCUGAAAUACUAAACUAAUAUUUGACAGUAUGGCUAUGCCUUCACCAUUUGUUGUCUUCAGAGUAACAUUGAAUAUUGCAUUGAUUUGCAAUAGUAAAUACCCAAAAGUUGUUUUUUGCAAUGAAAAUAUAUACAAUAAUGAUAUUUUCUUCAUUUGAAAUCUAGCAAAUAGGUUUAUUUUAGAUCCUCAGAGAGAUUUUGAGAUGGUUCUCUUUCAGCAAAAGUUAUAUAGUAA